AGAAAAUGAAAGCUACUGUAGAUCUUGGUUUGGCCGUCCAUCAGCAUCUCCACUUUCUGUUUUUGAUUCUUUUGGUGGAAUAAAGAAAAGAAGGAAGUCACUAUCUACUCAGUUGGACCUCACCAUGUCGAAGGCAGAGUCGGAGCGGUUGGCCCGCACGCUGCAGGAGGAGCAAAAUUUUCAACUCUCUCAGGAGCACAAGAAAGCUGUCUCACAGUACAAACAGGAGAUCUCAGAGAAGGACUUGACCAUCGCACAGCUUGAGGAAUCCAAUAAGUCCCUUACCAAAGAAGUGGAGAACCUCAGUAAGGAGAAGACAGAACUGAACGAGAGACUCCAAGCUCAAAAACAAGAGUUUGCAGCAGAGAAGGAGGAGCUGGCAAACACAAUAAAGACAAAUUACGAGAAAGCUCUUAAUAUAGAAAGAGCUCUGAAGACCAUGGCGGUGAAUAAGCUGACUGAGAUCAUGAACCAGAAGGACAUGAACUUGGAUCAGAAGACGAGAAGCAGCACCACUGACCUGCGCAAGAAAGAGAUCGAGAACCGCAAACUACAGCUGGAGCUCAACCAGGAGAAGGAGAAGUUCAACCACAUGGCCAUCAAGUACCAGAAGGAGCUGAACGAGAUGCAAGCGCAAUUAGCAGAGGAGUACACAUAUCGCAACAAGUUCCAGAUGGAACUAGACAGUAAGGAGAGUGACAUUGAGCAGCUUCGAGAGAAACUGAAUGACCUGCAGCUCAACUCCAGCGUCACCAGCCUGCAGCCAGACGAGACAGACAGUAACAUCGCUGAAUCAAGACUUGAAGGCUGGCUUGCCAUACCUAAUAGGGCUAAUAUAAAAAGAUAUGGUUGGAAAAAGCAGUAUGUUGUGGUCAGCAGUAAAAAAAUUCUCUUUUACAACGAUGAGCAAGACAAGGAGCAGUCCAACCCUUCUAUGGUACUAGAUAUCGACAAACUUAUCCAUGUGCGUCCUGUCACGCAAGGUGACGUUUAUCAAGCUGAGGCUGAUGAAAUUCCAAGAAUAUUCCAGAUCCUGUAUGCGAAUGAAGGUGAGUGCAGGAAGGAAGCAGACCUGGAGAGUGUUCCUCAGGGUGAUAAGACCAACUGCUUGCCCCACAAAGGCCAUAAGUUCAUCCCCACCCUCUAUCAUUUCCCCUCAAACUGCGAGGCUUGCUCCAAACCGCUGUGGCACGUCUUCAAGCCUCCGCCGGCCCUGGAGUGCCGCCGAUGCCACGUCAAGUGCCACACGGACCAUCUGGACAAAAAGGAGGAUGUUAUCUCUCCUUGCAAAGUUAAUUAUGAUGUGACAUCGGCCAGAGACAUUCUGCUUCUGGCCUUGUCCCAAGACGAGCAGCAGAAAUGGAUCAGUCAUCUCAGGAAGAAGAUUCCUUAGAUGAUAUUCAGUUGUAAAACUAAACAUCUGAAUUGAAGGAUCUGAUGAUGCAAACUUUGUGUUUUGCUUCAAGAGAGCAACCAUACAUUUGUGUUGUGUUUUACUUUCUUUUUAUUAUUAUUCUUCAUUUAUUCUUCAUUCAUUUAUUCUUUUAUAAUCAUUUAUCAUUUAAUCAUUUUAUUAUUGCAUUUAAAAUAUAUAAUCAUUUCUAAUAAUCAUUAUAGUCAUUUAUACAUCCAUUACAUUGAUUCUUUAAUUGAUUAGUCAUUUACAUUAUAUUAUUGUUCUUGUUUUACACAUUUUUCCAUUGUUGUUUAGUCUUAUGACUGUGUGGUUUCAAGGGCUGUUUUUAUUCAUGAAUAAGAGAUACAAGGAAAUGUUUAUGGAAACUCACUAUGGGAUAUUGUUGUGAAUUAGUUUGGUAUAACACUACUUAUUGGAUUUGUGUUCUUCAGACGAAGUCAGAGCAUUGAGACAUACAUCGGCUCCUUUUUAUGAUUCAUUCACAUCUUUUUGGCUGAUAGAAGACUGUUUACAUUUCGAAACGUGUUAUUCAUAGCGUGAGCACUUACAAAUUCAAGUGGAUCGGAAUUUGUAAAACUGUAAUAAAUAAUGAAUACAAAUGACAAAGCCAGAUUUUUAAGUUGUUUAUUUUCAUUGAGCUGAAAAGCGUAAAAUUGCGCUUCAUUUUAGAUCCGUUCUCCACUCCGGUCAUGACAGCAGAUAUGGCAGUUUAUGUCACAGCAAGCGUUCUCCAUUCUAAUUUUAAUUUUGUUACCACCCCUCAUAGACCCCAUGCCACCCCUUUGCCACCCUAAAAAUUAUAUUCUAGAUCCGCCCCUGACUGUAAGUCACGUUUAUUAUCAUGAAACAUGCUGUGAUUUAUUCCAAAGUAUAAUGCAUUUAACAUCAAAUAAUCUUAACCCUCUAUGGUAUGGUGUUGCCAUAUGGCAACAAUUACUUUCUACUUAUUUCCUUGUAAUUCUGAAAAAAAUACAAUAUAAUGCAAUAUGUUAAUUAAAAGGGCCGACCUUAAGGUAGUCAAUGAUAUUUUUAUGUUUUAACAGUCCUUCUGUUUUUAAGCCACAUGACAUUUGAAUGUUCCUCCAAACACUUUUUUUCCACUGUCACCCCAACAUGGAGGACACCUGUUGAAGUGCUCCAGAAAUUGCUCUGUAAACCUAAUUUCUGAAUGUCUCUUCUCAAGGGAGAUUGUUUUGCAUCAUCUUUGGUUAGUAAAUUACAUAUUUUUAUUCAGAAAUCAAUAUUAUCUAUUUUUCUGUAAAAUGAGAAAAUAUCAAUGUUGCCAUAUGGCAACACUGUACCACUAUGGAAAAAUAGGUAUGUUGCCAUAUGGCAACGCUGUACCACAGUGAAAUUGAAGUAAUGUAUUUCCCCAUUGGGAUUUUUUAUAGAUAGUAACAUCAACAAUUUGAUUGUAAUAAUGUAUUUAUUUAGAGUGUUUAUUGUAGUAUAUGUGUAUUUAUGUAUAGAUAAGGAAAUUAUUUAGUCUUUGCAAAAAAUGAACAACAAUAUUUUACGGAAAGGGCAAUAGGAAGAGUGCCGAGUUGCCUCUUCCAUGUGAUGACAGUGAGGAUGAGUUAGCCUUCAGUGACCAUAAUAAUGACUGUGUUUGUGCAUGUGUUUAUGUGUCUGUAUGUGUGUGUGGCAGAUUUCAAUGGAAAUUAAGACUGGAUACAUCAAUUUCUAAAAGAAAUGUGCAUGUGAAUGGAAAAGUAAAUCAUAAUUUAAUAGAAAAAGUCAUUUUGGGCCAUUUUCCAUUGUGGUACAUUGUUGUACCCACCCUUACUAAAUACUGCCUUUUAGAAUGUCCUGCGACUGGGGACUGGGGUGUCCCGUACGCCACUGAGUAUUAAGUUGUUUCUGCUGCUGGGGAAAGAAAUUCAAGUGAUGGCGCUGGCGCUGGCGCCUCGCGCGCUCACACAACAUAUCAGUGCACUGUUCAUUAUCAAAGUAAAACACCGUCAACCGAACAUAUAAAAAUGUAUUAUGCUUAAUGAAUUUUAUCUUUUGCAUAUUAUUAUUUUGUUAUUUUACUUGCAUAUGAGGACCUGACUGAGGAAGACUUCUUUACAGAAAUAUUUUAGCAGGUAAAUCGCAAACAGGUUAUGGAAACUUUGGACUGAAUGAAAAAAGUCCAACUUCUGUGCAGUUUCAGUGUGGAUUAAAAUAAAUGCCUUUUGCCGUUUAAAAUAAAUGCUGUUUGUAAUGGCACUAUUUUUAUAUAGGCUAGCAUAUUUUAUGUUUUGUUGUUGUUUGUUUUUUGAAUACCAUUCAUUUAAGAAUUUGCCAUGAAGUGAGGUGAAGUAGCCUAAAUGUUAAUAGUGUUUAUGUGUACACGGGCAGCGCAGAGAGAACUAACAGCUUGCUCUGGAAGUUUAGUUGGCAGAGAAAAUAAAACUCAGUUUUAUUUGACAUCAA